AAGAAAUGCCGGAAGAGUCUCAUCACUUCAGUGACUAUGGAUUCGAUCCACAGAUCGAUUACUUUCAGGUAUUGGAGGAAGCUAGAAAGCACAGGCGAGAUAAUAAUGAUAAUAAUAAUAGUAUGGCGGCGAGAUCUAUCGAUUCUCUCCAUUUCAAGUUGCAAAAGCCUAUCUCCAAUUUCAAAGAUGACGAUUCUAAACAAAACAAGGUAAAAUGGUGGAGGAACGCGAUUCUGUUCUUGCGGAGGCGUUUGAUCCAAGGAAGCCGUCGGCUUCCGUACGAUGAUCGAAUAGAGGAAAACCGGUAUUUAGGAUCGAAAUCCGGUCCGGUAUAUUUGACGGAGAGUCGUAGCGGUUCAAACAGUCCAUACCGGAGUAGUAGAGGUCCGGCGUCGGGGCCGUUGAAUACGCCGGCGAGGAUUGGUGUGGACGUUGAGAUACCAUACAUCAGCCUUAGGGAUCUUAAUAUGGAUAAUGAAUUGUACAAAGGUACUAAUAAUAAUAAUUCAGCCAUGCCUAUUUACUUGGUCACAUGA